UGGCCCGCGUUGUCAGGGAGGGCCGCCUCGGCUUCGGUCAGGCGCGCCCCCAGCCGCGCUAUUCAGCGGAGAGCUCGAAAACAUAAAGUGAUCAUGGAGUCGGUUACGCAAGAGAAGAAGAAGCUUCAGAGUGUUAUCUGCUUCGAGGCACGCGCUCCAACCGGUUACACCUUCAUCCCGGCUGGAAAUCCUCAUCUCACGACAGCUUGCAAAGAAAGAUGCCGAAAGGAAGGAUCACAGAUCUAUGCGGUCUCGACCACCCCGCAUGCCACCACCCAUAAUCUAUCCCUCCACGUUCAUCGCAUAGGUUAUCAUUUCCCGAGUACCGUGGUUGCAGCUGUCUGUUCGGAGUUGGGACUCUACCUCACCAGUACUGGCAAGGCGGUGCCUUUCCAUACGAUGAGCUCUAGAGAGACUCGCCCGACAGCUGAUGCCAACAAAGACCAACUGACCAUCAACACGGAGGCAAGAGACGCAAUUACAGAUCUCUUCCCUAAUAUCCCCUCGAAUGAUCUACAUCAGAUCAUUAAAACUGCAUUUCAAAAGGGUCAGCGAAAAGUAGGCACCGCUUCCGAGUUGCCACUGGCUCGUCGUGCACAGCUUGCCGUGGUGGCUCAUAUCCGCCAUCUCUACACCGAUUACGACAAGCUUUUGAAGUCGGGCUCAUUUCACGAGGCGAGAUCUACCGUUGAACAGCCGACUCUAGCCAAGCUCGUGGCCUGGCGGGGUGAUGACGAGAAUGGCCAAAAGGUCCUAGAAGAUGUGUUCCGAGAGGUCAUCGUCAUAUCCGAUGACGAUGAUGACAGUGAAACCGAGGAGGAAGUCCUCGCCUCAAGCGAUAACCGAGGAGUGGAAAUUCUUUCCAGCCAUGCCAGGGUCCAUGACAUUCAAACUCAACCCGUUAGCUUUGUGAAAACCUCAACCCUGGACCCCUUACGCGAGAUGUCCGAGGAAGCACCUCCUGGUUUCCGAUUUGUGCAUAGUGUGCCCAAGAAGGCCGUCGAUCGUCGAGGAUUUAGCAGAUACCAGGCGUGGAACCGCGCCAUGACCAAGUACGGGACUAAUGGCACCGCACAUGGCACCGAACAGGCCCGCCUGAACGGUGGCACGGCCGAGCAGCAAAGCCCACGCCACGGAAAACGUCCCCUGGCCCCUGCUCGUGAACUUGCAGACUCUCCCAGGCGCCGUGAGAUUCCUCCCCUUCCGUUGGAAGUUGCCCCAAGGGUCAUUUCAGGCCCCAGCCGUUUUGAAAACACUGUACACCGUACAGCCGCUACUCCAGAACGGCCAGCAGGGAACGGCCAUGUAGGUAUCCAUGACAGACGCGGGCCUUUGGAGGGUCAACGAACUGUGUCCCAACAUGGGAUCAGUGGACAGCCAGUACUAACCACACAGAAUUCAUCCGAAGUUCACCUCUUGGAUAGAAGUCCUCGCUCCGUUGGGAAUGCUCCGUAUCCUCCACCUCCAGGCAAAGCCCAUUUGAAUUCCAAUGCUCGUACCGAGCGGAUCCCCACCAAUAACAACGCAUACUCGCCAGUUUUCGUUAACGCGCACAAGGAACUGCAUUCGAUUAACCAGAAUCAGUUUGGCGCCCGGACUGAAGCUCCUAUUUCUCAUCCGGUCAGACCAGGUGCUACCUCCCAGGAUUACGUACUGCCCUCAAUCGAAGCACCAAUGGACAAGCGAAAGAUGGAUGUCCGUCUUGAGAACAUGACAAAACGGAUGAGUCUUCGUUCCGUAACACCCAAACAACCGGGAGAGCAGUCUCAGCCUGGCAGUCCAGAUGAUCCAAACUCCAAGAGAAGACGACUGGUUUACCACGUACCCCCGCCCCUAUCCCAGGAAUCACGCCCCGAUCCUUGGAACGCAAGGCCCAUUGCUAUGCCGGUUUCUGUUUCUGAGGGUUUGGCUUCAAGAGGUCAAUACCGCCGCGAUGAUCUCGGUCCCGAGUAUCGCGUAGCGGACGGAAAUAUUGUUCGUCGGGACUACCUCCCUCCCGCAGAUCCAUACCAGAGAGAGAGACAGGUUCAGGCUCCCCAUGAUGCUAGACCAGCUAUGGAUCGGACUCGUCUCGCCGAUAUGCACUCACAUUCCGGCCCACCUGGAACCAGUGGAAUGGUCCUAGAUGAUCGCAUUCCCAGAGCCGCAGCCGGCCCCGGCGCUUCUUCCCGCCUUGCUUACUAUGGUGAUCGUAGCCCUCACACCCGACCUGCAGUGAUUGAUCCUCCUCGUGCCUCGAAAGAUGGUGAUCAUCCUUAUGCCUAUCCUCAAGUUCCCGGAGCUCCCUUGAAUGGGAAGCUGUACGCUGACGGCUUUGUCCGCCACGUUGAUUUCCGCGAAGUUCGUCCGGUCGAGUACUUUGUCCCACGCCCAAGAGCGCAGCAGCCGCGCGUCGGAGAUCCCAUCGGCCAAGCUCAAGGCCAGCCCUACAGAACUAGGAUUCCUGAACACUUUAUCCCCAAGGAUCUUUCUCAGUCUCACUCCUUGCCCCAGCCUCCACCGGAGCAGCAGCAUCUACUUCCAGCUUCCCGAGCUACUCACAGUUCUCACGAUCAGACUCUUCCUCAUACUCAUCCGGAGGCUAUGCCUAUGCCUAUUCCUAUGCCUGGAAAUCGCCAGCCCCGAGGACCACCUCCCGCAGGCGUUCGUGAGAGACGUCCUGGAAGCGGGCCCGGCCCGAAACGACGCGUUCACGACCCCCGUGCUUUCCAAAUGGCCGAACAAAGUCGGCCCAUCUACGUUCAAAGAGUGGAGUCGCAAACACCACAGCCCAUGCCCGAGGGUAGCAGACAUGUUGUUAUUGUUGAUUGA